GAAGUCCGUAAUGUUGAUGUAUGACGUGAACCAACAGGCGCACAUUUCAGUCAGCAACUGACUCAUUCACCAAGCUACCGGGAUAUUAUGAUUGUCUGACUAGUCUCAGUCGGCUCACCACGAAGUUAUGCGAUGACCAACCGGGCCUAAAGUUCCGCUUGUCUCGUAUAUAAGCUUGAGCAUUCCUCUGUUCAAGUGAUAUUACUCAAAUCAUUAUAAUCAUGUCUGAGCAGCUGACUUUGUACCUUCACAAGAUCUCACCAUAUAGCGAGAAGAUUGAACUAGCUCUUGUCGAAGCCAAUGCACCCUACAGAGGCUACCAAGUCGAUCUCUCUAACAAACCAGAGUGGUACACUAGUAGAGUGAACCCCGUCGGCAAGGUGCCCGCUGUGACAUAUGGGGGACCCAAUGUCGACCCCGAUGAUCCAUCGCCCCUGUCCGCUAAGAUCGCAGAAUCGAAUAUCAUUCUUGAGUUCUUGGCCGACCUCUAUCCAGACUCUGGCCUCCUGCCAAAGGAUCCUGUUUUGCGGGCCAAAGUCCGUUUCUUCAUUGACGCGACUACUAAAUACCUCGAGGGAGCAUCUUAUGAUUUCAUCCGGGGGCAGGGGUCAUAUGACAGUGUCCUGAAGGGGAUUGAAUUUAUUCAAGGACUUCUUGAGGAGGGGAAAGGUUUUGCAGUUGGAGAUCACUACACUAUCGCAGAUGCAUGCAUCUCUCCGCAUCUCGCGAGGCUCAAAAUUGUCACUGAAACCGACACAGGGAAAUUCCCUGUCGGGAUGGGGUACAAGUUAGGCGAGGAGUUGAAAGGGCCUAAAUUUGCCAAAUUCACGAAAUACGUUCAGCGAAUGCUGGACCGCCCGAGCUUGAAGCAAAUUCAUGAUGAGGAGUAUGUGACCACAUUCUUCAAGACAAGAUUCACUGAGCGCGUACAGUGAAGAUAUACCUGACAACAGAUAGUUAGCUUCGUACGAUAACAACAUCCAGCUAUUGGAAAUACCUAGUAUAUCUAGGUGAACUUAAAUAUCAGACACAUUACAUGAUGAACAACCCGCAAUGAAGCUGUACACAGCCGGCAGGAACGGCGGAGGGUGCGCCUCACAACAGGGUAGAAUUCACGCACCCAAAGAAGAUGCGACAAGGACCCGGGGGUCUUUAGACUUGAAUGAAUUGUCCUACAUCAUGUAGAUUACGUCUGCAAAGGACAAAAAAUUGGAAUAAAAAAAGAAAGCUGUACGACAAAUGUAAAACUUAUAUGCGAAGCAUACUUAUCACUGUCUUCACUACCCUUGGCAACAUUGAUUAGCUAGAAACUUGGACCACAACAUAUGAACUGCAGACUACGAGGGGUUCAAAGCGUGUCUCCU